GCCCACGUUCCACAGCUAAUGGGACCCAGGAUUCAAAACCAGGAAUGGCUCCCCCUGGAGCCAGAGGUAUUGACCACUGUGCAUGCUGUCAGGGUGCAAUCAAGGGCUGCUAAUUUAUGUGGGAUCAUAAACGCCUGCAUUGUCACUUCAACCCAGAGCCAAAGGUUUCCCUCUUCCCCCGUGUGGCACACUUGUCACUGGAGAAUUACCUGAUGCUCAAGUCUUCCCAAUCUGUCCUCAUCAAUCACUAUGUCACCUGGCAGAAAGUGCAACAGGUCAGCGCUAAUUGUCCUACAAUUAGGCAGGAACUUACUCCUCAUUCCCGCAUCCACUAAAUGAGGGCCAGGUGGGGUCUAAGCACACAGGAUGUUUUUCAGCCGUCUGGCACUAUCAGAUUAGAGGAUUAAACUGUGAAAAAUACAGCCCCCAGACUAUCAAAGCAAUCAAAGGGGGAUGUAAAAAAUUUAGGGACUGGCAAAUGGGCUUCUGAGGCUUUCUGUGGGGUGGGCCAUCAUGGUUCACAUAUAGACAGAGGAGCCAGUGUGCUGGGUCUAUAAUGGAUGAUCCUUCCCAUUACUGUAGCAUCCGACACUUUUGGCGGCAACAGGCUGUGGGGAGGGAGAGCCUGUGAUGGGCUCGGGAGUGUGACAGCAUGCCCCGUCAUUGGGGUGAAGGUCUCUCUGAAGGCGAAUCCCUCAGGGCUCACAGCUGAAGAUGUUGAGGGGCUUCUGGUGGCCUGUGAGGUGGGCCCUCCGGGUGGAGUCUGCACCAAGACGGGAUAGUUAAACACAGGGCAUGCAGAUUCUUUGGGAAUCCCAGGGGUCUGGGCUGAGCCUGGCUGCCCAGCCCAGAGCUGUACCUGGGUCAGUACUGCACUGGACACAGUGAGGCGGGGUGGUAGAGGGAAUCAGCCACAACCUGAGUGUGGGGCUGAGCAGCUGUAGGAGGUAAGAAAGGGCAGGCCCUUUGUGACUGGUCGGGGGAGAUGGCUCCAGACUGGCUGGAGAUCGAGUGGUGCCUGGAAUUGGAAGGGAAGUAAACAAGGCGUUCUGGGCCAGGCAGCCAGGGGUUGUGAUGAGGACUCAGGGGGCUUCCGUCCUGGAAAGCCUCAUCCUCCUGGUGUUCCUGCAUCGGGAGCCUGGAGGUUGGAGACCUGGCAGUGCUGAGUUCUGGCUUGGAUGCCUUUGUCCUCCCAUAAGCUUUGCUACAACUUCUUGAACCUUCUGAUCUGGCAUGGCUGUGAGUGCCACCAAAACAUCAGGAGAGAUGGACAAGCCAUUGAUCAGCCACCACCUGAUGGAUAGCGAUGGCAACCUUGCCGAGGUCCCCAGUGAGGUUCCCAAAGUGGGCAUCCUGGGUAGUGGGGACUUUGCCCGCUCCCUGGCCACACGCCUGGUGGGCUCUGGCUUCAGUGUGGUGGUGGGGAGCCGCAACCCCAAACGCACAGCCGGGCUGUUCCCCUCAGCAGCACGAGUGACUUUCCAGGAGGAGGCGGUGGGCUCCCCAGAGGUCAUCUUCGUGGCUAUGUUCCGGGAACACUACUCCACACUAUGUAGUCUCAGUGACCAGCUGGCUGGCAAGAUCUUGGUGGAUGUGAGCAACCCCACAGAGCAGGAGCACCUCCAGCACCGUGAGUCCAAUGCUGAGUACCUGGCCUCCCUCUUCCCCACCUGCCCAGUAGUCAAGGCCUUCAACGUCAUCUCUGCCUGGACCCUGCAGUCUGGCCCAAGGGAUGGGAAUCGACAGGUGCCUGUCUGCAGUGACCAGCCGGAAGCCAAGCGUGCUGUCUUGGAGAUGGCGCAGGCCAUGGGCUUCACCCCUGUGGACAUGGGGUCCCUGGCCUCAGCCCGGGAGGUGGAGGCCAUGCCCCUGCGCCUCCUCCCAGGCUGGAAGGUGCCCGCCCUCCUGGCCCUGGGGCUCUUCAUCUUCUUCUACACCUACAACUUCGUCCGGGAUGUGCUGCAGCCCUACCUACAGGAGGACAAGAACAAGUUCUACAAGCUACCGGUGUCUGUGGUCAACAUGACGCUGCCCUGCGUGGCCUACGUGCUGCUGUCGCUGGUGUACCUGCCUGGCGUGCUGGCGGCUGCCCUGCAGCUGCACCGCGGCACCAAGUACCGCCGCUUCCCCGACUGGUUGGACCAUUGGCUGCAGCACCGCAAGCAGAUCGGGCUGCUCAGCUUCUUCUGUGCCGCCCUGCACGCGCUCUACAGCCUCUGCCUGCCACUGCGCCGCUCCCACCGCUACGAGCUGGUCAACCUCGUCAUCAAGCAGGUCUCAGCCAAUAAGAGUCACCUCUGGGUUGAGGAGGAAGUCUGGCGGAUGGAGAUCUACCUGUCCCUGGGAGUGCUGGCCCUCGGCACACUGUCCCUGCUGGCUGUCACCUCACUGCCAUCCAUUGCAAACUCACUCAACUGGAGGGAGUUCACCUUCGUUCAGUCCACUCUGGGCUUUGUGGGCCUGGUGCUGAGCACCCUGCACACACUCACCUAUGGCUGGACCCGUGCCUUCGAGGAGAGCCGCUACAAGUUCUACCUGCCCCCUACCUUCACACUCACGCUGCUGGUGCCCUGUGUCGUCAUCCUGGCCAAAGUUCUCUUCCUCCUGCCCUGCUUCAGCCGCAGACUCUACAAGAUUCGGAGGGGCUGGGAGAAGGAGGGUGCCAUCAAGUUCACGCUGCCAGGGGACCACGCCCUGGCCCAGAAGACGAGCCAUGUGUGAGGUUUAUGCACCCAGCUCCGGAAACCAGACGCAAGGAGGAUGGUGCCGGAGCCUCUCAGGGCUUCUCUUCUUGAUCACACGGGACAAUGGAAUUACACAAAUUGCUGGAGUGAGGUCUGAAUUCCUGGGAUAUGUGCAGUAAUAUGCAAAGUGACACACCCACGUGUGUGAUAUAUGUCUAUAUGUAUUUCAUAUAUAUUCAGGAUUUGCACUUAUACUUCCUUAACUAAAAAGUUGAGUCCCUGAGAUUCCAACUUGUAGAUUUAAAAGCAGGUGCCAGCUGUUAGGAGAAGAGCAUCUCACACUAUUGUGACAUUUGCAGAGAUGCACAGACCUUUUGCACAGAAAAAGCAGUCAGAGGCUUAUACUUGGUGGGUUUGAUCCAUUUGUGCCCUCCCUGCCCCCUCUGCCUCCACUCCCCUUUUUGCGACUUUCCUGGGGCUUUUUGCAGAGCUGGGGCUCUCAGGUGGCAGGGCAGAUGAGAGCUCUGUUUGGAGACCAGUUUGGUGCACAGGGCUGAGGAGUCCCAGUGAGCAGAGGGUGCAGCUCCUCCCUUGGCUGCAGCAGAAGGAGGAAGGAUUGAGGGGGCGAUGGGUUAGCCUAUCUUUGUGCCCGGGGAGCCACCUGCAGGUCCAUCCUUUGCCAGGUUAGGGGUGGGAUGGGGGAGGGUUGGGGCUGAGGCUCCUCCCCCAAAUCCUCCUUGAGCUGGGGAGAUUUUUUUUUUUCCUGAAAGUCAGAAGCUACCAUGGUGACUGCAAAUUGAGCCUUCUGCAGGAGUGUGAAAUCACCUCCCCGCUGGAGCCACUAAUGAACACCGUCCUGAGAACAAGUGUAAUUUCUUUCCCUCUUUUAAGUUGGUGAUGACCGUUCUUUAAACCACUGUGCCUUCUCACCUUUUAAAUCAUUAGUUUGAAUGUCUCCCAGAAAGGCCUAGCGCAGACCCUCUAAAAGUCAGUUCAUGGGGGAGGGGAAAACGAGGCCCUGUGUGCUCAGGGUGACAGCCCCGCCUUUCUCGGGACCCUGCUUGGGGGCUGAAGGACUGACUGUCCCCACUGACUCGGUCCUGUGGAAGGACAUGGGGAUCUCUUCAGGUGUCUUCCACUACCACUGGGCAGAGAACCUGCCUUCUGAGCCCCCUGAAAACCACACUGGCUCCAGCGUUCUCCUAAUGGAAGGUUAUAUUUCAAAAUGGGGUGGGGAGGGUCUUUUCUGCCCAAACUACAAACUGGAAAUGCUGCUGCCCCAAAGCACAAAAGGCUUCAGGACAUGUAUCCUUGAAUCAUAGGCCAUCCCUCACUGAUUCUUAUGGAAACUUUUAUUUCCCCUGUGGAGAGACAGCUGUUCUCUGCUGAACCCCCAACCCCUGGCAGAACCUCGAUGUGUCCUCUUUGAACCCAAAGAGGGUAAGUUCCUAAGGGAAGACAGAUCGCAGUGAGACGCACCCUGAAUGGGGGGCCUUGGUCAUGCUUAUAUCCUUAGGUCUCCCGGGCCAGAGGUGUCUUAGGAUGGACUAAAGAGCCAGCCGGCAGAAGUGACGGUAGUGCUAGAGAAGAGAAUGCGCCUGCCUCCCCACCGAGGCGCAUGAGCUCAUGUCUGUGGAGCGCAUUACGGUCCUUUAGAGAAAAGGGGAAAAAAUGCCAAGUGCAAGCAUAUCUCAUUAGGCCAGUGACUGAUGGAGGGAAGGCAGUGCAGGCGAAGCUGUCCGCUUCCUGCAGAUGUUUCCCAGCUGCUGCUCCAAGGCCGAGUGGCACAAGCCUGCCCCCCAAAAGGGCCCUGACUGAGCGGCAGCUGUGGCCCUCAACAGGCUUACUGUCAAGGAGGCAGGUGAAGGAGAGAUUUCAGCAUUUUCUGGACAAAAUGAGGGCCCAUCAAUUUGCUGCUGAUAGGAAGCCUGGAAAACAUGGACAACUGGGAUGACGGGCUGUCAACCCUGGUUGGUACUGGCUGCCUUUUUUCUCUGGCCCUCCCGAGGUCUGGGAUGUUUCCUUGUACCAAAGAUGCUCACACAGAUCAAAGUCCAGUGUGCUCCCUCUCAUUCCUCACCCACUUGCUGCAGGUGCUUCUCAGAAGGGAACAGGUGUGGCAGAGGACCUGGCCACUCCCCAGUGGGGACAAUCAGCUCAUGAAAAGCAGGGGGUGCUGUGUGCUUGGCCUUGAUCUGGUGUCUGCUGCUGCUCUUCCCUUCCUAAUCAGGCAGCUGGCAACAGCACCCCCAUGAGAGCAAGUCACUCCCUUACAGCCUGGGAAAUUCUCUGUGCCUCUGGGUACAAAAGUGCCUGAACUAAAGUACUCUGGAAACCUAAAAAUUGCCAUGGUCUGAGGUUGAAUGUUUAAAAUCUAUGCCUUUGAAACAGUCUGUGUAUUUUAUUCUUACCUUGUAGAGCUUGUCUAAACAGCAAAAAUAAAUGCCUAACCUUCCAUGAA